GUAACAUACGAUUUAACGGUUAAGAUCUCACGAAACUCGUGUGAAACACUACCCCAUUAGACUUCCUUUUUUCUGAUGUAGUUGGAACCUUUUACUUUGUUCUUCUUUGUUUCUCUGUCUCUCUCGUUUUUCUUAUUGUUCUUCUUGUUGUGAGUAAAGAACAAGGGUUGCUUCUUCUCUUUUGGAUUCUAAGGAAGAGGAAUUUUAUAUUUUCUAAAAUUUCACUGGGUUGUGCUUUUUGUCUCUGAAAUGGAGAGAGAUUUCAUGGGUCUCAACUCGAAAGAACCACCCACUAAGGUGAAGGAGGAGAUCAACGUUGAUGGCUACGAAGGCUCUGGAUUCACAAAGGGUUCCAUUGCACAGUGGCCUUUCUCGAACAAAGUAUCCGCAAUUCCACAUUUGAUGUCUUUCAAGGCUUCUCAAGAUGAUAAGACUAAGAAGAUGUUGUCUGGUCCCAUAACAGCUGGUCUUUUAUCUAUCUUAAGUCAAGAUGCAAUUGAGUCUAGUCACAAACGCUCUGCCGGUGACACCCAGAAAUCUUUCAAUCACGAUGGGCAAGGUGGUCAUCAUUUUUCGCUGACUCAACAUGAUGUGAAUUCUGUGCAUCGUCCUCAUGAUGUGAAGAUGUUUUCGGUUCCCAAUCAAGCAAUUUCAGUUUCCAUGGGGAAUCCAUUCCUGAAUAAUCAUUUUGCAACUGGUGGCCAGAAUAUGAAUCGCACCAGUGUAAAGCAGUCAUUCCUUGGGGGAAUACCUGUUUCUGUGCCCCAUUUAGUUAUUCCCAACGCUGGUGCUGUUGCUGGAAUGGUUGAACCAUGUAACAGUAUGAAACCAUCUCCGCCUUCUGCCCAACUUACCAUCUUCUAUGGGGGAACUGUCAAAGUCUUUGAUGAUAUCUCUGCUGAAAAGGCUCAAGCUAUCAUGUUGUUGGCUGGCAGUAGCGUAUCUGUAGCUCAUAGCAUGGUCCAGCCAAAAGUUCACGUGCCGGUCUCGAAGAUGGCUGCUGGCGACAGUGUGCCUGCGACUCAGCCUGCAAAUACGCCACCCGGCUCUGGCCUUUCGAGCCCUAUAUCUGUUUCUUCACAUACUGGAACACAAUCAGGGAGUGGCUCAACCAGCACUGAUGAAUUUCUUGCUGCGAAAACAACUGGAGUUCCCACCACUCUUGUUAGCAAUGUGGACCCUCCAAAGGUAGUCAGUGCAGCCACUAUGUUGACAUCAGCUGUACCUCAGGCUAGGAAAGCAUCCUUGGCUAGAUUUUUAGAAAAACGCAAAGAAAGGGUGACGAGUGCAGCACCAUACAACCUUAACAGGAAGUCUGAAGAGUGUGGCCCUGCAGAAUUUGGUGGUGCCAUGUUUUCUGCAGGUGCUGCGACCAGUACUGUUUCGGCAAUGCAAGGAUAGUAGCCACCAGCUUUAGGAAAAUAUUUCUGAGAAACAAUAUUCUAGUAACCUGAAAGUGUUGUAAGCUGAUAUUUUGGUUGAUCACAAUUUAUGCUGACAUUAUUCUCAAGUACCAGACUUCGUUCGGUUCAUAGAUAGGUUAUUACCAUAGUUAUUUUUGUUGUGUAGGGCUUUUACCUUGUUAUUUUAAAGGUUGCUUGAAUUUUAGAUUCCUACAUAGCAAUCGACAACUAUUAACUCAUAUUAUUUGUUUACAUUUGAGGUGUAAAAGCCCAGUUUAUAUAUUUAUUUAUAUUCUGUACUUA